AAGAUGCUCUGCUGGAAGCGGCGAAGGUCAACAACGUUUCGGAAGUCAACAGGCUGCGCUGGAGCAGCUGCCGGCGAAGGAAAAAACUUCCGCUUCCCAUCGUUAGCUCGCUCGGGAUGAUUUCUCCGCGUCAUCUUCCUGACGGUGUCUCUCUUCUGCCCAGGUUGUUGCUGGAAGGCACAGACGUGAACGCCAGACACAAGCUGGGCUGGACCGCUCUCAUGGUGGCAGCUAUCAGCAGAAACUCCAGCGUGGUGAAGACCCUGCUCGCAGCUAACGCCGAUCCAAACCUUGGAGAUGAUUUCAGCAGCGUGUAUGAGACUGCCAAGGAGAAAGGCCUCCAUUCUUUGGAAGUCCUGGUGACCCGGGAGGACGACUUCAACAACCGCUUGAACAUCCGAGCCAAUUUCAAGGGCUGCACGGCUCUGCACUACGCAGUACUGGCUGAUGACUACCUGACGGUCAAAUUGCUGCUGGAUGGAGGUGCCAACCCCCUGCAGAAGAACGAGAUGGGCCACACGCCGCUGGAUUACGCCCGCGAAGGGGAGGUCAUGGGCCUUCUGAGAGCCGCCGAGACGAAGUUCCAGGAGGAGCAGCGCAGGAGGGAGGUGGAGGAACGCCGCAGGUUUCCGCUGGAGCAACGGCUGAAAGAGCACAUCAUCGGCCAGGAGAGCGCCAUCGCCACGGUGGGAGCAGGUAAGACGGAGCUGGCCAAGCAGACGGCCAAGUACAUCCAUAAGGAUGUCAAAAAGGGUUUCAUCAGACUGGACAUGUCGGAGUUCCAGGAGAGGCACGAGGUCGCCAAGUUUAUCGGCUCUCCGCCGGGCUACGUGGGCCACGAGGAGGGCGGGCAGCUCACCAAAAAGCUGAGGCAGUGCCCAAAUGCGGUGGUGCUCUUCGACGAGGUUGACAAAGCCCACCCAGACGUCCUCACCAUCAUGCUGCAGUUGUUCGAUGAGGGCCGACUGACGGACGGGAAGGGGAAGACCAUUGACUGCAAGGAUGCCAUCUUCAUCAUGACCUCCAACGUGGCGAGCGACGAGAUCGCCCAGCACGCUCUGCAGCUCCGGCAAGAGGCCCUGGAGAUGAGCAAGAACAGGAUCGCGGAGAACUUAGAGGACGUCCAGGGCACCGAAAAGAUAACCAUCUCCAAGCAGUUCAAGGAGAAGGUGAUUCGCCCCAUCUUGAAGGCUCACUUCAGACGAGACGAGUUCCUGGGGAGGAUCAACGAGAUCGUCUAUUUUCUGCCUUUUUGCCACUCGGAGCUCAUCCAGCUUGUCAACAAGGAGCUGAAUUUUUGGGCCAAGAAGGUAAAAGACCAUCCGUGGCUUUAGAGGUGACUUUUCAAGCGAUGUGUGAGCCGGGGGAAGUCCCUGCCCAAGCCUCCAUCCUCCCGGUGCGGGCGCAGAGCAGUUCGUCCUCGGGUGGAGCGGCGGGUGGUGAACCAACUGGCGGCUGCCUACGAGCAGGAGCUGCUGCCCAGGGGCUGCACCUUGAGGAUCACGGUGGAGGAUUCGGACAAACAGCUGCUGAAAAGCCACGACAGCUCUUCCCCCGGAGCCGAGAAAGCAAAGAUGCCCACGCUGCGGUUGGAGAUAGUGGACAAAGACAGCAAAUCCCGCAAACUGGACAUCCAGGCGCCUCUGAACCCGGAGAACAUCGCCUACUUCUUGUAG